CUUUGUUCAUCACUUCAAUUUCAGCAACUUCUUCAUUCAUCACUUGUGAGUUUACCUGCACCAAAGCACAAAGAAGAAAAAAGAACACUUCUUGCAAUCUAUUGUAGAGAAGAUGAAGAUGAGCAGCACAAACAUGGGAAGCUCCAAGAGAAGAAUUUCAAGCAGAGGACUAGGAGGGGUCCUAAGAGAGCAAAGGGCUAGGCUUUACAUAAUCAGAAGAUGUGUGGUCAUGCUGCUUUGCUGGCAUGAAUGAAGAGUAUCUUUCUAGUUCUAUCUAGCCUUCAAUAAGAAGGGAUGCUUGUUUUUUUCUUCUUCUUCUUCUUUGAUCAUCUUGGGGAGUGUAAAUAGCAAAGGCCGAGAUUAGUGAGAAAGAAGUUAACAAUUUUGUACUAAUUAUUAAUUGGCUUUAUGAGCCUUCAUGUGUAUACAGUCGGAUAGCUUAAUGGAUUGAAAAAAUCAUCUUUAUCAAUUCAUUGAGUCUUAGUAAUUCUUUUCAUUUUCUCUCCUUUGAUAUUAUGUGUUAUCAUUUCUGCUGUGGAUUUUUGAAGAUGGAGGACUAGUUCAUCAGCCAAACUUAAUCAAGCUAUUGUAGGAUGAGGACAUGCUCACAAAAUUGGGUAGCUGAAGUCUAAUUCACAUUAAUCUUUA